UGGUGUAAUAGAGAAACUCGCUGGUCCUGUGAGAGAAGAAACCUUCAGCUCGUCUGUGUAUUGUGUCACUCUUCCUACUUAUUUCCUCAUUUAUUUUUUUAUUUUGAAAUCUCGUUUGUGUGACUCUGGCUAUGUAAUUUCCUGUGUCGGGGUGUUUCCAGUUGUUUGCCCUCAGCUGUGUAUUUUUAACUAGUUGUGUCUUUGUGUAUUUAAAGUCCAGCCCUCGGCAGUUUGUCUUGACUUCCUGUGCACUUUUUCUCUGGUCUGUUUUUGUUUUGGUUAUUUCACCUGUCAGUGUGUUUCCUGCCUCUGGAUCUGCCUUAGUGAACAGGAAGCUGUUCAAGUUCCUCCUUGCACCAACCGAGCUCCGUCCUGAUUGCUUGAAACAUGGAUCAGCAUGGUGUGUGCUCCCUGCUUCUGCUGCUUUUACUCCUGCGUUCAAAAGGUGUGGCUGAAGAUGAAAAAUACUUCCACAUUCUGAAGACCUGUCAGUUCAUAGAGAAAAGCUCACAGUCUGAUGUUCACUAUCAGGUUCAAUACUGGUAUAACGGACUCCUCCAGGCGUUUUACAACAGCUCUACAGAGAAGGUGGUCGGAUUCACGCACUAUGGCAAAGUGUUUGCAGAUGAGGUUAAUAAAAGUCCAGACUACCUUAAAGUUCGAAGAAAUGAUCUCAACUACUACUGCAAAGUCCUUGGUGCUGUGCUGUACAAGAAUAUUCAAGUCAAAGCAGUGCCUCCUGUCUCCAGGCUGAAGUCAGUGACGUCUAACAGCAGUGAAGACUCUGAGGUUCUGGUCUGCAGUGCCUACAACUUUUACCCACAGCAGAUCCGGCUGUCCUGGCUGAGGGACGGCGUGGUCAUACCUGACCCCCCAGGUAUGAUGAUCACAGAGAUGCCUGGGGGAGAAUGGCGCUAUCAGAUUCACUCCUACCUGCAACACAAACUGAAUUCAGGACAAAACAUCACCUGCAUGAUUGAACAUAGGGGACUUCAGGAGCCUCAGCUGCUGAAAUUAGAGCGGUCUGAAGUGCAGUCAAACAGCGUGAUGCUGGCGUGGGAAGGAGCCAUCCUCGCAACGGGGCUGUUUGUCCUGCUCGCCUCUGUAGUAUUUCAUUGCAGAAAGACUCAGUGAGCAGAAAACAACAUGUGCAUCCUGACACUGAUGUCAGAGGAAAUCGGUGCAUGCAGUCACUGUGUAGUCAAUGAUUUUGUACAUUCAAAACUCAUUCAGCUAUGAAAUAAACCAAAACUCUUUGGA